CAACAUUCUUUCUUAAAAGAUCAUAAAAUUCAAGAUGCAAUUCUUUUUCCAGCUGUUGCUUAUCUUGAACUUGCAACAGCUGCUUGUCAACAAUUAGUUUCAUCAAAAGAAGAUGAUCAACAACAACUAACACUUAUUUUUGAAGACGUAAACUAUAACAAAGCACUUAUUCUUAAUGAACAUGAAUUGAUGGAAGUAUUUAUACAAAUAAUUAUGCCAGUGCGCAAAAUUGAAAUAGAUUCUAAACAACAAAAAUCAUUAACAAUACCUAAUACAUGGACAGCACAACAUAUACCAAGUGCUUAUGCACAUCUUUCAACACGUGCUUAUCAAUAUGGAACUAUUCUAUUACCACGUGUUGAAACAACAUUUCUUCCAGUACGUAUUCCAAAAUCUAUUUAUUCAAGUAAAACAAAAAUAAAAACGAAUCAGUCAACAAAUAUCGAAGUAUGUGGAAACUAUUAUGAUAAUAUAUGUGGUAUAGACCAAGCAGAAAUAUAUAGUCUUGAUCUAUGGAUAUUUCCAAUGGAGAAUAAAAUCGAAGAACCAAUAUUUACAUUUGAAGGUGCUGUUAUUCAAUAA